AUGAACAUCAUGGACAUCGUGCCCGAGCUGUUCACCAGCAUAUCCCCGUCACAGCCGGAAGCUGAGAAAAGGAUCUAUUAUUGUCAGAGAUGCCUAAAUCACGGCCUCCGGUUGCAGCGCAAAAACCACAAGCAGGUGUGCCAGUUCCGGAAUUGCCCGUGCUCCGAUUGUCAGAUGGUGGACCGGAGACGAGAACUGAACUCGCGGUUGCUCUCGAUGGAGACGCCGGGCGGGCAGGGGAUGAACACGUUGGCCCAGGUGUUGUCGCUGGCUUCUUCGGCUUCUUCCAUCUCUUCAACGUCUUCUGAUGCUAUGGAGGCGCCCCUAAAUCUCUCCUGCGCUUCAUCUGCCGGAAGUGAAUUAUCAAGUCCUCCUCCACCGGGGCUACUCGAUGGACCCGGUGAUCUUACUGGCAAAAUUAAAGAACGCCGACCAAACUGCCAACGCUGCGCCCAACACAGUGUUGUCAACCGAUUAAAAGGUCACAAACGAAGCUGCCCGUUCCGCGAAUGUACAUGCGCAAAGUGUCAGGUGGUCGUCGAACGGCAAAGGCUGAUGGCCGACCAAAUCAAGCUGCGACGACGGCAGAAAAAGGAGAAGCUGUUGCUACAGGAGAAGCCGCCGCAGUUAUGUCCGAUUCCGUCGCCUCCUGCUAUACAAGUGGAGCAGCUAAUGUGCAUGCAAUGUACCCAGCAAGCCCUCUCGUAUUCGCAUCUGUUGACGCUGCUCAACCCGGCUUCACCCAUCGAGCCGAUCGCCACGCUUGGUGCCCUCCUUCAGCAUUGCCCACAUCGCAAGGAA